CAGGCAGAUCUACAGCUGAAGAUACAGAAAGUGCAGAGAAAGAGAUGAGAGAAAUGGAGUCUACGGAGGAAGACAAGCAACUAUUGCGAAAAAUCGCCAAAAUCCUCGACGAAGUCAAGGCCUCAAACGCCACACACAUCCGAAAGCUUAAAGAGAUCUCCACUCUCCGUUCAAAAUCUCCGUCUUCUCUCCAAUUUGCUGCUCUCUUCUUCAAAACCCUGAUCCCUCUUUUCCAAAUCCAGCGCCGCACCACCUCUACAGAACGCGUCGUGCGCUUCGUCUCAGUCUUCACCAGCGCUCGUGACUCCAACAACUCCUCCGCUCGCGAUGAGUUUCUUGGGGAGUUUUUGAAGUUUCUACUAGUUGCUGCCAUGUCUGCCAACAAGACCGCUAGAUUUAGAGCUUGUCAGAUUAUCUCUGACAUCAUAAUGCGUUUGCCGGAUGACGCAGAAGUAAGCGAUGAUCUAUGGGAUGAGAUAAUAGAGAGCAUGAAAGUACGGAUGGGGGACAAGGUUCCUGUUAUUCGUACUUUUGCAGUUAGAGCACUGUCCCGAUUUGCAAACGAUACAGAGAACAGUGACAUCCUUGAUUUAUUUCUCAGUGCUCUUCCGUUAGAGCAGAAUGCCGAGGUUCGUAAAACAAUUGUAUUAGCUUUGCCACCUUCAAAUGCAACCUCACUAGCUAUUGUCAAUUGCACUCUGGAUGUGAGUGAGUCAGUUCGCAAAGCUGCAUACUGCAUUCUAGCUGAUAAAUUUCCCCUUCAAAGUCUCAGCAUAAAACUCAGGACAGUAAUUCUUCAGAGAGGCCUGGCAGAUCGUUCUGUAGCUGUUUCAAAAGAAUGUUUAAAGUUAAUGAGAGAUGAGUGGCUUUCCAAGUGCUGCAACGAUGACCCUGUAGGACUUCUCAAGUACCUUGAUGUUGAAACCUAUGAAUCUGUUGGGGAAUCUGUUAUGGUUGCCUUGUUACAAGAUGGAUUAGUGAAGUUACAUGACGGUCAAAGUAUUCGUCAGUGUAUAUCAUCCACAAUUAGUGAAAUUGAAGCAGACUACAAUGGAAGCAUCCAUCUAAUGGAGCCGGAAUUUGCACUUUAUUGGAAGACUUUGUGCAAGCACUUGCAGAAAGAAGCACAAGAAAAAGGCUCUGACGCUGCCACUACAAUGGGCACCGAGGCUGCAUUAUAUGCAGCCGAGGCUUCAGAUAAAAAUGACCUUCUAGAAAGGAUACUUCCUGCAACAGUUUCUGAUUACAUAGUUUUGGUCAAAGCUCAUAUAGAUGCUGGAGCAAAUUAUCAUUUUGCAUCUCGGCAGUUAUUAUUGCUUGGUGCAAUGCUUGAUUAUUCUGAUUCUACAAGCAGGAAAGUUGCUAGUUCAUUUGUGCAGGAAUUAUUGCACAAGCCACUUGAUCAUGAGGUGGAUGAUGAAGGAAACCAGGUUGUCAUAGGUGAUGGCAUAAACCUUGGUGGUGACAAAGAGUGGGCUAAUGCAGUAUCUAGUUUAGCUAGGAAAGUGCACGCUGCUACUGGUGAAUUUGAAGAAGUAGUUGUUGGGGUGAUUGAAGAGCUGGCUCGUCCUUGCAGGGAGAGAACAGCAGAUUUCAUGCAAUGGAUGCACUGCCUGGCUGUUACUGGUCUUCUCUUGGAAAACUCAAAAUCAUUGCACCGGCUUCAAGGGAAAGCUAUUGAACCUUCUGAACUGCUGCAAUCUUUAUUGCUUCCUGGGGCAAAACAUGUUCACUUGGAUGUGCAGAGGGUUGCCAUCAGGUGUCUUGGCCUGUUUGGCUUGUUAGAGAAGAAGCCAAGUGGAGAAUUAGUGAAGCAGCUGAAGAUUUCUUUUGCUAGGGGUCUUGCUCCAAUUAGUACAAUGGCAUGUAAGGCAUUAAUUGAUCUUGCCAUGUGGCAUGGCCCCCAAGAAAUUGACCAGGCACUGGGGCAGGAGAAUGUAUCUGGAUUUCAGGAUAGCAAGAAGGCAUUUAAUGCUGUAAACAUUUCUGAUGCCGAUGAGAAUUUAAAUAUUGAAUUGCUUGAUCUGUUAUAUGCUGGUCUUGGCAGAAAUGAUUGGGUAAAAUCUGUAGAAUUUGAUGAAACUGAGACAGUGCAAGCCAUUCUUGGUGAGGGUUUUGCUAAAAUUCUUCUUCUUAGUGAGAAGUAUCCAAGCAUACCAACCUCUUUACAUCCUCAAAUCUUAGCCAAGCUCAUUAUUUUGUAUUUCAGCAAUGAAACAAAAGACCUGCAGAGGUUAAAGCAGUGUUUGUCUGUGUUCUUUGAGCAUUAUCCUUCCCUCUCAGUUAAUCAUAAGAAAUGUUUGUCCAAGGCUUUUGUUCCAGUCAUGCGUUCAAUGUGGCCAGGCAUCUAUGGAAAUGCUGGAGGUGCUGCCUCUUUGGUCUCAAAUAUGCGUAAGCGGGCAGUCCAAGCAUCACGAUUUAUGCUGCAAAUGAUGCAGGCCCCCUUGUUUGCUAAACAAACUAAAAUUGAGGAUGAAAAUGGCAGUACAGAAUUACCAGAAACUAUAGACAGCACUUUGCAACCUUCAUUUGAUUGUGGAGAGGAGGGACUUGCAAUAUGCAUAGCUGCUGAGGUGGCAAGCUUUGCUAUUAAGAAGACACCUGCUGAGAAGUCAUACAUCUCAGCAUUAAGCAGGAUACUCGUCUUGCUUCGUUUUCGUUUAUCAGAACAAGAAGCAAUAAAAUUAAUGAGAAGGCUUUUGAAUCGUGUGGCUGAAUCCAUAUCAGCAGAGAAAGAUCUUGUAAAGGAAUUGAAGCAGAUGGUUGAACGCCUCAAGUCAUUAGAUAAACAACCAGAUGAGGAAUUGUCGCAAGAUCAAGCUAAUCAGAUUUUGGGGAAGUUGGAAUUGGACUUUAACUUGGAUGUUGAUAGCUGUGAUGCUGUGCCACAAACACCAGCCCCACUACAAUCAUCUAAACGAACCCGCACCAGAAGACGAGCAAUGUGUGACGAACAGACUUCUUCUGAUGAAGAAACUUCAUCGACCACUGUUGUUCAAACCUUUAAUGGCACUUCAGUUCGGUCACAGAGGGCAAGCAAGACUGCAGCCCUAAGCAAGAUGACUGGUGGCAGAGUUAGGAUAGAUGAAAAUGAUGAUGAAGAAGAAGGUUCAGAGGUAAUAUCAGAGGAGGAUUCUGAUGACUCUGACCAAUAUACUGAAUGACCGAAAUUUACAGAUUCCUCUGCAGAUGCUGUGCUUUCUCAGUCACCAUAAUGUAUUGUUGUAAGCCUGUCCGUCUCCUCGUUAACCUUGAUGUUUUGUAUAUAAUAGUGAAUGUUUUUUGGGGUGGAGUUGGGUAUACUACUUGUAUAAUAAGCCCAAAAAAUGAUAUUGUACUUGCGUUAAACUUCACCCAAAUGUCUUCAAGAAUUCCACAAUUCUGUACCACACAUUAUGCCAAGUUAAAGAGUAUUACUCCGGUCCAAAUGGCAAAGCGGUUACCGUUCUUGCUAGUGAUGUAAAGUUUGAUCACCAUUUACAUCUAUGGAUGGGGGUUUAGGGUCA